AUGGUACGGAUUUUAUGUCUCCACGGCACGGGCUCUAGUGGCGCGAUCUUUGAGUCGCAGACUGCUGCGCUGCGAGCGAUGCUUCCGAGCCACUGGGAAUGGUUCUUUAUCAAUGCCGAGCUCGAAUGCGGCGCUCAUCCUGAGCUUGCGGACUUCUACCCCGGCCCAUACUAUACGCCAGUCGCCGUACCCACUGUCAAGAGCAUUGCACACUUUCACAGUUGGUGCUUGGAUCUUGUCGCAGAAGAGGGACCUUUUGAUGGUUGCAUGGGUUUCAGCGCUGGUGCAUGCCAGCUUCUCGGCUUGAUGCUCAAGCUGCAGAAGGAUCAACCCUGCCAGCAGCCUCUGUUCCGGUUCUUGAUCCUAAUAGCUGGUAACAUUCCGUUCUCUGGGGACGAACAAGAAGGCAUCGAUGUCACAGACUGGAUCUCAUUUCAUCGUGAGCCAUUUCCCCUGCUGGAAGAAUGUCGCACCGGAGAGUACGCUCGAGAUCGGUAUCUCACCCGAUUCCUGCAUCCAGAGGUCUGCAAAUUGAGGCUGGAUCUGCCCACCGUCCAUGUCCACGGCCAAGCAGACCAUCUCUAUGAGGGGGCGAAAGGCAUGGCUGAGUUAUGUGCGCCAGCUCAGCGUGAGAUCUGCACACACGCGGGAGGGCACGAAAUCCCUAGAACCAACAACGACAUGCUGCGACUCAAGCGCAUGAUUGAGAAAGCGGUGAUGAGAUCGCAAAGCUGA